AUGGUGGCAUUCUUUGUAUCUUCUAACGUUGUUAUUCGGUUGGUUUACCGUAUAAAAGCUGUUGAUGUUACUAAGAGUAAAAGUUCUAUAGUGGCUCCAAAGAAAAAUGAGGCUGGUCUCGGAAGCCGCACGGCUCUUAAUGAUAUUACAAAUAAAUCAAAGUAUCAACUUCAACCUCGAGCUCAAGCUUCAUCGAAGAAGAACAUUAUUGAGGAUCUUGACAUAUCCAAGGAAGGUUUCUUGCAUGAUCACCGUAAAUGCGUUGAAGAAUAAGACAAACAAUGAGACAAUUACUUCUCGGAUCUCAUUCUUUAUGGACAAGAUUCCGUUGAAAAGGAAAAUAUUAUGGAUGAUGAUAAGGACAAUCACAACCGGGAUGAAGUAGAAGAGAUACCGAUGACCGGAAUUUCUGAUUGGCUGGAACGUUCAUGGUGCUCAUCGCCAUGCUCGCCCAUGUCUUUACCUUCAUCGCCUCUGUCUUGGCAUUUCAAAACAAUAGAAUUCAAGCGCAAGGAAGAAAACGAUCCCAUCUGA